GAGAGGGGGGAGGACGUGUGCCUGCUUCAGGCUGGGGAGGGACUUGGGGGGGACAGACAGGAAUGUCACUGUUCAAUAAUGCCCUUAGCAGCCAGUAGGCCUGGGAUGCCAGGCACCUCUGGUAACUGUCCAGCAUGAUGAACUGAAGUGCAGUGGCCCUGGCCUCCUAGCUGUCUGUGAUGGCCCUGAGGGGACUGUGGCUAAUCAGCUGCGAACAAGGGGCCUGUGGAGCCGUGCUGUUCUCCAGGCAUCCAGGCUCUUCACUACAAAGGCCUAGAUGCUUGUAAAAAACAGCUGAAAUCAACCAGGAGAAGCCAGCAUAGCUGCCUCCAAUGAGGGCUUCUGCCAAGAGAGGAACCAAAAGGGACUGGAGCUGUCUGCCAGCCAAUGGGAGAAGAACCCUCCAACUAAAGAACAAUGACCUGAGGAACAAGGAAUCAAAGGGAGAAAGGGAGAAGAACACAUGGAAGGCACAGAUAAAAUGAAGUGCAAAAAGACUGAGAGACUAUCAUCCUAUCUUUUUAAUUUCUGUAGAAUCAUGUAAAUAGUCUGUUUUAAUCUAUAAAAAUAACUUUUGCUCCCCUGUUGCUUAAAGCGGUCUUUUACGUGGGGCUGAGAACAACACACACACAAAAAACUUUUGGCCCAAAUAGGAAUCCGUUUCAGGAUGAUUAGGGGAUGGAGUGAAACCAAAAAAAAAAAAAAAAAAAAACAGUGACAACACUCUUCCUCUUUUGUCAAUUGUUAAAAAGUCAAAUCCUCAAUUGUUCCUGGUGGAUAUAAAUUAGCCUAAGAAGAAAAUAGGGAUUUCCCUCCCCCUCCUAAAACAAAUACAUAAAUUAAUACUGCUUGAGGAUAAAAGAGCUGCUUGGUUUCUCUCAAAUAUUCUCACUAGAGAAUCAGAGAAAAAUAUGCAAAGAACAUUGAUAUAAAAUAGAAAUUUUAAAAUAUAUAAAAUCUUUUAAUGCAAUAUUAAGAUUAUAACUUUUUAAACAGUCAAGAAAUGCAUAUAUGACAGUAAGUUGUUACAGUAGUCUUAAAUUACACAUACUGUACAUGGCAAUAGAGGGUCCUGUGGCACCUUUAAAACUAACAGAAGUAUUGGGAGCAUAAGCUUUCGUGGGUAAGAACCUCACUUCUUCAGAUGCACUGUCCAUACAAUUUAGAAUCCAAUUUUGCCCACAUAUAAAUCCAUACAACUCCUGUUGAAAACAAUGGACUUUUUUUUUAUUGAAAGUCCUCUGUAUAUUAAAGUAAAAGUUGCUGUCUAACCUUAAUAUUAGAUUAAUUUAAGUAAUCACCAUUCUACAGAUUUUAUUAUGUAAGCUCUUGCCUGUGCAGUUUUGGAAUUACAGAAUUAUGAAAGUCCACAGUGGAAUAGCAAUGCAAAACUACAUGUAUGCGUUACCCCACGGUUGAAAAACGAGCAAAAGCCUUCAAUGGAGUAAGCUAUGUGACCGUACCAGAGGACAGUGUUUUUCUUAAAGCAUUACUUUUUGAACUUAAGCUGACAGAUCCAGACAAGAACUUUGUGGAAUAUCGGGAUAGCUGUUCUCGAAUCAACAAGACUUCAGUGUAUGCGCUUCCAACAGGAGGAGGGGACCUUUGGCCUGUCCUGGCCUUUCAGAAGAGUGGUUUGAUAUAUGUUUGUCUUCCCCUAGUUGAGCAAUCCUUGAAGCCACGCCCACCCCUUAUUAGCAUUAGUGGAAUCUCACAAGCCUUCGCUGUCUUAUCAGGAUUGCUGGUCUUCAUUAACUCCAGUCAGAAGAAUGAAGCUGAGAUGAGUGCAAAAGUGGGCCAACUUCCAAGUUUGCUCAUGCAGGCCUGUCCACUUGGCACCCCAUUAGAUACAAACUUGAAUGGCUUAUUAGAUAACAUUCAUGUUUCUACAAACCACACACAGAAACAACCAGUUUGGAGAAUUAGCACAUACAAAGGCAAACCUCAGGUUAAUGUUUGUAUCACUGAAAAAGUCAAGUCCAUGCAAUAUGACAAAAGGGAUGUUGCAGAUAUGUGGCAAGUUUAUGGAACUGUGACUUGUAAGUGUGAUUUGGAAGGAGCUACAUCAAAUGUGACUGUCAGCUUGAACCUUCCUGCCAAUGGCUCUCCACUCCAGGAUAUCCUGGUGCAUCCCUGUGUGACUUCCCUUGACUCUGCAAUUCUUACUUCCUGUAGCGUUGAUGUCAUGGAUGAUUCUGCAUUUAGUGGGCCAUACAAACUUCCUUUCACUCCUCCUUCUGACUUAUUCAAUUUGUGCUACUAUACUUCCCAGGUACCUGUACCACCAAUUUUGGGAUUUUACCAGCUGAAGGAAGAAGAAUUGCAAUUAAAAUUAACAGUUAAUUUAAAACUUCAUGAAAGUGUAAAAAAUGCUUUUGAGUAUUGUGAAGCUCGUAUACCUUUCUUUAACAGGGGUCCAGUCACUCAUUUGGAGUACAAAGUUAGUUAUGGUCAGCUAGAUGUAUCUCGAGAGAAAAGCUUAUUGGUUUGGGUGAUAGGACAAAAGUUUCCCAAAUCAUUAGAAAUUUCUCUGACUGGAACUGUGACUUUUGGUUCUAUGAGCAAAGAACAACCAGUUGAUCCAAUUUGCAGUGGGAGUACUGCAUAUGUAAAACUUUAUUUUAGGAUCCCAGACUACACACUUACUGGAUGUUAUGCAGACCAGCAUUCUGUUCAGGUCUUUUCAUCAGGAAAACCAAAAAUAAGUACAUCCCGGGAAUUGAUUUCCUCCGAUUAUUACAUCUGGAAUUCCAAAGCCCCAGCACCUGUAGUGUACAGAACAUUAUUUUUCUAAUUUCCCUGUGAAGAAUUUUUGUAUUUGAACAAAAAAAGACCGCUAUCAAAAGUGAUGUUAAUAUAUUGCAAAGGGGGAGGUGGGAAAGCAGUAUUUUUAAUGAAUAUAUUUGUAUUUAAGUUCCUGUUUUGGGGGGAAACAUUUCAAUUAAAUUAAAUUUAUCUUGUUUGCUUUAAAA